GACCCAAGCCAUCAGAGGAAAAGGGCACGCGUUGCGUGUUUGGUUACCCAAAGUUGACGGGUGCAAAGAAAGCAUGGACAGCACUGGUACAGGAGAGUGGCCGAUCUUCCAUGACCUUGGCCAUAAGCAGCCCAGCUGAUGCCAGUGUGGGCUCUUACAAUCUGUAUAUGAGGGAAGGGUCACACACCACCCCUCAAUCCAUCACAAACAUGGUGCUCCUCUUUAACCCCUGGUGCACAGAGGACUGGGUGCACCUCCCAGAGGAAGCUGAGAGGCAGGAGUAUGUGAUGGCUGAGGAGGGCAUCAUCUAUAGAGGAUCUGCUGACCGCAUCGGCCCCCUUGCCUGGAACUUUGGACAGUUUGAGGAGGAUAUGGUGGACAUCUGCAUGAAGCUGCUGGACAUGAACCCCAAGUGUCUGAGGGACCCUGCUGAGGAUUUCUCUGCCCGCUGCAACCCCAUCUAUGUAGGGAGGGUGGUCAGUGCUAUGAUCAACGCUAAUGGUGACCGUGGUAUCCUGGCGGGCCGCUGGCAAACACCGUACUCCGGCGGUGUGGCCCCCACCAAGUGGAGCAGCAGCGUGGACAUCCUGCGGCGCUGGUACAAGAGUUAUUACUCCCCCGUGAAGUACGGCCAGUGCUGGGUGUUCGCUGGGGUCAUGUGCACAGUUUUGAGGUGUCUGGGAAUCCCAUGCCGUGUAGUCAGCAAUUUCCAGUCUGCCCACGACACUGAUAAAAGCCUGACCAUCGAUGAGUACUACACAGACCAAGGGGUUCGGCCUAAGGAGAGCCAUGACAGUGUGUGGAACUUCCACGUGUGGGUAGAGGGAUGGAUGAAGCGGCCAGACCUCUCUGGGGAUUCUACAUACGAUGGCUGGCAGGUGCUGGACCCCACCCCACAGGAGCAGAGUUCAGGAGUGUUCUGCUGUGGUCCGUGCCCUGUGAAGGCUGUUCUGGAGGGACACACCGACCUGAAGUACGACAUUCCGUUUGUCUUCGCUGAAGUCAACGCCGAUCAAGUCAUCUGGAUGCUCAUGAGAGACGGCUCAAAGCACAGACUCCACACUGACAGCUCUCAGAUUGGCCAGAAAAUCAGCACUAAAGCUGUAGGCGCAUACAGACGGGAGGACAUCACAGCCAGCUACAAAUACCCAGAGGUUUCUAAGAAGGAGCGUCUGGUGUUUGAGGAAGCCGUGAGGAGAGGAAACGAACACAAGCCCCGCCCUGAGCUGCCACUGAAUCCUCCCGCGCUGAAGCUGGAGAUCACAGACGAGAAGGAGUCAAUUACGGGACAGGAUCUGGAGCUGAGUCUGCUCCUCCAUAGUGAGCACUUACAGGAGCUCAGUGUGCAAAUCAACGCUCAGGCCAUGAGGUACACAGGCGUGCCCGACAGCCUGGUGUACAGGGAGGAGAAGGAUGUCCUGCUGCAGCCCAAGCAGGACCUCAAGAUUUCCAUCCGGAUCCCAUUCUCUUUAUAUGGGACCAAAAUGCUGGACAACAGCAGUCUGAAGGUCUCGCUGUGA